AUGGUCUUGACGGUUCUCACAGACGACCAGAUCAAAGAGAUCCUGGCCGAUCUGACGGCCGACGAGUUUGACGGAUUCAGAAAGGUCAUCUCGACCGCUCUCCACGAGUACUCGACCAACACGCACAACAUUGAGGAUGGCACAUAUCACCAACCGGAGCGCGUCUCAACAGAGAACCUCAAGACAGGCGCGACAACAUUGUACAUGCCCUCCGUAGGUCCCCAAGGCAUGGGUUGCAAAGUCGUAACCCUCAGCUCCAGCAAAGCAUCCCAAGACCCCUCAAAACCCUCCAUCCAGCCCACAGGCGCCGUAACCCUCCUCUCCCCCACCGGCGAACCCAUCGGCUUCCUCCACGCAAAGACCCUAACCGCCUUCCGCACCGCCCUCUCCUCAACCUGCCUCCUCGCCCGCCGCACCACCGUGAAGACAAUCACCGUCUUCGGCACAGGCCUCCAAGCCUACUGGCACGUCCGCCUCGCCCUCCUGGUCCGCGGCACGACCAUCAGACACGUCAACGUCAUCAACCGCCGCUUCUCCGACGACGCCCGCGACUUCAUGAAGCAGUUCUACCGCGUGCCGCCGCACAUCAAAGAGCGCGAAGGCUGGUCCGAGACGACGUUUGGGAUCUUGACCCCUGGGUACGGCGAGUUCAAGAGGUUGUCGAGGGAGCAGAUUCGCGACGCGGACGUGGUGUACUGCUGCACGCCGUCGACGGAGGAGUUGUUCGAGGCCGAGGCUACCAAGCACGAGAAGCCGCAUUGGCAUUUUCACAAGCAUGCGCCCGAGGGCGGGGUGAUUGUCGUGGACACGCUGGACGGAGCGUUGAAGGAGGCUGGGGAGAUCAUCUCGGCCGGGUUACAGCCUACGCAACUUGUUGAACUCGGAGAACUAAUUAUGCUCCGCCGGAUGCAAGACGAAGAAGACGCAGCCUCCGCCUCGGCCGAUAGCGACGCGGCGAGCAUCGCGGCCUCGGAGCUCGAAAAGCUCGACUUUUCCGGCACGCCGUCCAUCAAGUCCGCCUUCUCGGGAUCCGACGGCGCGUCUUUAUCGGAGCCGCGGUCGUCCAUCAGCAAAGACUCGACAAAGACGUCUGGCAGCAGCGGUAGUGGUAGCAGCAAAGGGCCGAGCAUGCUGCGCCGCAGCUCGAGCCAGAGGUCGGCAGACAAGCGCAAGAAGGAGGACGCGCUGGUGAGGUGGCUCAAGGACGGGACGGUGAUUUAUAAGAGUGUCGGGCUGGGGCUCAUGGAUUUGUCGGUUGGGAUGCACAUGAUUCAGCUUGCCAAGGAAAAGGGGAUCGGGACGCAGAUUGAGGGCUUUUGA